AUGUCUCGAAUUUGGCAGUUACUCAUCCUCUUUGUAGUGUUAAGGUCUGUGGAAGGUGUGCACAACAGUUCUAAGGUUGCAGAGGAGUUCCUGGUUCCCCAGAAUGAGGCAAGAAAGGAAGUUGGGGUUCCACCGCUUUCAUGGAGCCGCAAGCUCACCACUUAUGCUCGUAAUUAUGCGAGAGAGAGAAGGGGCGACUGCGUUGCUCAACGUUCAGAAGGAUCGCCCUACGGCGAAAACAUAUUCUGGGGCAGUGGCAAACAUUGGAAACCUGAGCAAGCAGUAAAAGCGUGGGUGGAGGAAAAGAAGUGGUAUCAUUAUUCUAGUAAUACUUGUACAGGCCCUGACUGCUCUCACUACACUCAGAUCGUUUGGCGUACCACUACUAGAGUCGGUUGUGCUAUAAUCAAAUGUAACAGCGGUAAUACUUUCAUCACCUGCAACUAUGACCCACCGGGUAACUAUGCUGAUUCCAGGCCCUAUUGA